AUGCAGGCAGCCAGGGUCCAGCCAGCUGCUGUGGCCUCCCGCCUAGUCCAGAUCCUCCAGCAGGAUGAGGUGUCUGUCGGGCAGAAGGUGGCGGCAUACGAGGACCUCAGGACUGUGCCGCUGGAGCAGGGGAUGGAGGCAGGACUUAUCGGCAGCCUCAUUGCUGUGGCCUCCCAGCAGAUGAGGGCGGCUCCAGAGGAGGCCUCGAGCGAGCUCCAGGCGGCUGCCAGUGAUACCUUGGCCGCCCUCGCUGGCAGCUACUUCGGGCCGGUGAUGCGGGAGCUCCAGAAACACCUGAGGCCCUUUGUGCUGCCAGCGGAGUUCACCCUCCUCACCCUGGGCAAGGUCAUGGCGGCCAGCGUGUACAGGUGCGUCCCUUUCCUGGGCAUCACCCUGACCACCAUGCAGACCGUGAUGCGAGGGAUAGAUGACAGCAGGAGACGAGGGGCCUUCUGCACCGCCCUGGAGUGCACGUGUGGGGCAAUCAGCACUUACCUGAGGAGCUGGGAGAGGAGCACCUAUCCACAAAUCACGCUCCAGCGCUUCUCUGCACACCUGCUCCCCACGUACCGGUACCUCCUCAGCGCCUGGCUGCCCAGCGAGGACACAGAGGUCAAACUGGCUGUCCUCAAGGCCCUGGGGCCAGUGCUGAACAUCCUGCUGCCCAGGAAGGAGCUGCAAAACCAGAUCUAUGGGGACAUCCCCCUGCUCCUGGCUCUGUACGGGAAGAACAUCGAGGCCUUUUACAUCACCAAGGUUCUGGGACAGAUCUUGCAGGCCUCUUCCUCCAAGAACCCGAUCCCAGAGGUGUAUGUGGCGGCCAUCUCCCACACGCUGAGCUACCAGGUCACUUCCAAAGCUCAGCGGCCCUAUCAGCUCUGCAGGGAGAACCACACAGAGAUUCCCCACGUCUUCCUGCAACUCGCCCGUUCCCAUCCAUCACAGCUGUUGGGGAUUUUCCAUCGAAAACUGUUGAUGGGCAGGGGAGAUACCCGUGUGGGGAUCCUGGCCCUGAUGUCAUAUGUUAUUGGUGCUGAAGUUCCGGGGCUGGCCAGCCAGAAACACCUGUGCAUCAAAUCAGUGAAAUCAGUUCUUACCGACGGGAGUCCCAAGGGGGACAUCACAGCCUACAUCAUGGUCCAACUAUUUAACAUCAGGGUCUUGGGCCAGGUGCCGGACGCCCUGCAGGGGCUGUGCUCCGUGGGGCAGCCUUGAAGACCCGCCCCCUGUUCGCAUGACCAGCUCCCACCCUCUGCCACAGCCUCGCUGCAGGCCCUCCAGCCACCCGCUCCACAGCAUUGCCUCCUUCUCCUCCUGAUCUUCCCCAACCUCUCCGAUUUCGACUACAUGGCUUCGACCUUUGCGUGGAUAUGGACUUUGGCUCGUACUUCCGACCACCCGGCUUUGACCUCUGGCAUGGACAUGAACCCUGGCUCCGGUUCUGCCUGGUAUGUCACUCAACACCCGUGUCAAAGUUAGACUUAGGUCUCACAGUUUGUCAGACCACUCUGUUUUAUUAGCACAGCGCUCUGCUAAUAACACCCAGAUCAUGUGAGCCGCAUGCAAGACACAAACUAUCUUAUUUAUACAGAUAAAAGGGUGAGAA